CUUUGGGCCCCAGCCUGACACUCCGUGAGCUCACGGACUCCUGUGUGUUUCUGUUCAAGAUUUACGUCCACCUGAAGGAAGGCGGGGGCCCCGAUGGGCUGGACGCACUGAAGAAUAAGCCCCAGCUGCACAGCAUGGUGGCCCGAAGUCUGUGCCGGAAUGCGGCAGGCAAGAACUACAUCAUCUUCACGGGGCCCAGCAUCACCAGCCUGACCUUGUUUGAGGAGCUGGAAAAGCAAGACAUUUACUGCUGCGGCCUGCUCAGCUCCAGGAAGAGUGACUGCACCGGCCUGCCCCUGUCUAUGCUGACGAGCCCGGCCACCCCCCCAGCCCGGGGCCAGCACCGCAUCAAGAUGAAGGGGAACAUGUCUCUGAUCUGCUGGUACAACAAAGGGCACUUCCGCUUCCUGACCAAUGCCUACUCGCCGGUGCAGCAAGGAGUGAUCAUCAAGAGGAAGAGUGGGGAGAUCCCCUGCCCCUUGGCCGUGGAGGCGUUUGCUGCCCACCUUAGCUACAUCUGCAAGUACGAUGACAAGUACAGCAAGUAUUUCAUUUCUCAUAAACCGAACAAGACGUGGCAGCAGGUGUUCUGGUUCGCCAUCAGCAUUGCCAUCAACAACGCCUACAUCCUCUACAAGAUGUCCGACGCCUACCACGUGACGAGGUACAGCCGGGCGCAGUUUGGCGAGAGACUGGUGCGGGAGCUGCUGGGCCUGGAGGAGGCCUCGCCAGCCCAGUGAUGCGGCCGCGGCCGGGCUCAGAAGAGCACGUCCUCCCUCCAGAAGCCGCCCACCCGGUGCCGGGACGGGCGCCGCACCCAGACUCUACGUGCGGCCCGGGCGCUGCCGGUGGCCUUUGCCCAGCGGGGCGCCGCAUCCUCGGGACACCCGUGGAGCUCACCUCGGCACGGGGGCCCGGGAAGGCUGUCGCCACCAGAGGCGCCGGGGACAGGAUGAGCCGUAGCGUGUUCUGCUAGAAGGGCCUGCUCUGUGAGGGUGUAAAGACGUGUGUGACCUGGUUCCCCCUCGUGCCGUGUCUGCAGGUGACCGGAAGCGAGCGGGUCGCGCUGAGGCGGUCGGGCGUGUGCGGGAGACCAGAGCCUCGUGCAAGCCACUUAGAACGGGUCUCCUAGGACAAGAAACACAAACUGGGCCAUGAAAAUGCAGGGAUGCAAUGGGGGGAGCGGUUGCCCGUUCUGAUUAAUAAAUGAGGCGUCCCUACUCA